AUGUCGAAUGAUAGGCUACCUGAGGUACCAGCCUUGGCAGUGCUCUUGGGUUCCAAUGUUAAAACAUGGCCAUAUUCAGAGGAGACAUUAGUCCAAGCAUUGCAAUUGCGCUCUCAACAAGAACAAACUAAGAGGCAGUAUUAUAAGUUAGAACAGGUAAAUCAAUCACUAGAGCUACUGAAGACAGCUGUGAAUGCUGGCAUUCCGGCUCCUCAGAUCCCACUUCUUUUCAAUUCUGAAACUGCUCCGACAAACGAAGCUGAAAGUACGGAUGUUCGACAGAUGAUAUAUGCCAAGGAGCAAUCGCCAAUAAGUUCCAUUCCUGAUAAGCAGCCCCGAAACUACAAAUUUCCACCCACGAACCAGCCUGCAAAACAACAGGUGAAGCCGCUUGUUGGGUCAGAGAUGAAAACGCAUCGAAGGACCCAUUCACCAGCAAGAAUCGGGGCAGAAGCCGUCGCGGCAUUGAAUAGCAAUAUGCUGCUCAAAGAAGAAGAUUCCCACGGAAGUUCAAAGGCGUCUACACCUCAAACCAAUACCCACAAACGAAUGCAGUCACUGCCUACACUGAAAAAUGAACCAACCACUGGUGUGCUCAACUUUUCUGCAUGGCAUACUUAUUCAGCGCAGGGGUCAGGCAAUAAUGGUUUCCCCAAGAGACCUUCUACCAUAUCUCCAACUACAGGAGCUUCGGGUCCUUCGUCAUUUCCAUCCUCAGUACGUAAACACAGAAGAACAAGCUCGACUAAUUCGGCAUUCGGUGUUAUUGAUUUGAAUUCCAUUAAUCAAAUCUCGUUCAAGCAAUCCCACUCAAGAUCAGCUUCAGUGCAAGAUCCCAGGAUUAACACCCAUAGUAACAGUAACAGUAACCAUAACAGUAACAUUAAUAGCAACGUUGAUACAAAGAAAAGCGCCGGUAGUGCUAAGGUUGAUAUCAACUCCACAGGGUCUUCGGAAGGGACAAAUGAUGAUACUUUCAGUGAACCAGGCAGCAAUGAUACCUCACUUGAACAAGUAAGAAAAAACCCAAAUAGUCCAAAACUGCUUCUGAAAGGGCCAAAUUAUGUUGACAAUCUAUUGAAUACCUAA